AGUGCUGGAACUCCCGGACGGGGAGGGAGUCAGCUUCAGCCUUGCCUCUCCGCCCUCUUCCCACUCCACCACGGUCGCUGGCCUCAAGGAAGAUGCUCAGAGCCCUGCUCCUCCUCCUCCUGCCUCCCUCCCUGUUGGCCCUACUGGGGGCCUCCAGGGCCUGUGACCUCCGGCCGCCCUUCUCUCUCUCCCGGACUGGCAUCGUCUGCAGGAUCACCAAGCCGGCCACGCUGGUGUUGAAUCAGGAAACCACCAAGGUGAUCCAGAAGGCCUUCCAGCGUGCGGAAUACCCGGACAUCAAAGGGGAGAAGACCAUGCUCUUCCUGGGAAAAGUGGAGUACGGCUUAUACAACAUCCAGAUCAGCAAUCUGACCAUCGCCAGCAGCGAGGUGGAGCUGAAUGAGGACAAGUCCAUGUCCAUCACCAUUCAGCACGUGUCAGUGACCUUCCAAGGGACCCUCAAAUACGGCUACACCGGAGCUUGGCUGUUGAAGGUCAGUCACGCCAUCGACUUUGAAAUUGAAUCUUCAAUUGACCUGCAAAUCAACACUCGGCUGACGUGUAACCAUGGCAAAGUGUGGGCCGACACCUCCGACUGCUACCUGACCUUCCAUAAGCUGCUUCUGCAUCUCCAUGGAGACAAACAACCAGGGUGGAUCAAGCAACUGUUCACAGACUUCAUCUCCUUCACGCUGAAGCUGGUCCUCAAAGCGCAGGUUUGUAAGGAGAUCAACACCCUCUCCAACAUCAUGGCGGAGUUCGUCCAAGACACAGCUGCUGACUUCCUCCGUAACGGUGACAUAGGCGUUGACAUCUCCCUGACGCAGGCUCCAGACAUAACAACGGGCUACAUAGAAUCCCACCAUAGGGGUCUUCUGAUCUACAAGAACCACUCUGGGCCCACCUGGGACUCCACCUUCAGUCCGGGCCUGAUCCCAGACUCCCGCAUGCUCUACUUCUGGUUCUCAGAUCAGGUCCUGAAUGCCUUGGCCCUGGCAGCCUUUCUGGACCAGCGGCUCGUGCUGACUUUGGCCGGGAAAGAGUUUGAGGCAGUGAUGCUGAACUCCAGAGGCCUAGAGGAGCACCAGGACACCCUGCGAGAGAUUCUCCAAGGCUCCUCUUAUAGCGAUGCCCAGGUGGAAAUCAAGAGUGUGGCUGCUCCUGAGAUCACCUGCCAGCCGGAGGGGACCGUGGUCAAGUCGAGCGUGGCCGUAGUGGUCCGAGUCUCCCUCCAGGACCCCACGGAGGCUUUCUACUUUGAAGAGGAUGUCACCACAACGAUCCAGGCAUCGUAUGAACACAAGAAAUUGAUUUUGCACCUUUCCGACUCCCAGAUCCACCUUAAGACUUUCCGUUCUGCUUCCAAAUUGUCUGCGAGCGAUGAAUCCAUCCAGGACUUCUUAAAGGUGAUCACCGCCAUGGUGGGCGCCCCCAUGGUCAUCUCCCGGAUUGAGCCUGCCCUCACGGAGUUAAUGGACAGCAAAGGACUCAACCUGUUUGAAAUCAUCAACCCUGAGAUCCUUACCAAAGAGGGUUAUUUGUUGUUACAGAUGGACUUUGGUUUCCCGCAGCAUUUGCUGGUUGACUUUCUCAAAACCAUCAUGUAGCAGGAAUUUGGAGAGAGGCAACAAAGAAACGGGAGGAAAAUCCAAUCGGUCUUCAGGCAGCGUCGUAACAGCCCUUGGCUUACUUGCCUAGUGCAAAUUCCACUUAGAUUUGUGGUGUGGGAAACAAUCUCCUUUCUUUCAUUCCUGGUAUGAGAGAAUGGGCGGUUACGUCUUGGAAACGUACUGACAAGGCUCGCUUACGCAUCUAUAAAAGCAACAUUGUCUCAAA